AUGCGUCUUACACUCGCUUUCCUUCUCUUCUUGGUUGCUCUCACUGUGGCUCUUCCAGCAACAAACACAAAGCCCUCUUCUGAUAAGAAGAAACUUGAGAAGGGCAUCAAAGAUAAUCUUAAAGCCGGCGACAAGGAGAUCUCUGCCACUGAGAAGGCACAGAACGCUGCCAAGAAGAACGACGCCAAGGGCCUGAAGAAGGACGAAAAGAAGAUCAAUAGUGCGCUGGAUGAGGCAACUAAGGAUCGCCAGAAGAAUCAGAAGAUCGCUGGUAACAAGGACCCUGCCCUGACAAAGGGACUCGGAAAGGUCGAGAAUGCGCAGAAGGGUGCGAAGCAGACAGUCAAUGGCUUGACUGGCGACCCUAAGAAGGAUAAGGGGUCGUUGGACAAGCUCGAUGCCACUUUCAAGAAGGGCAAGAAGACUAACGAGGAGAACCUGAAGGAGGCCAAGAAGAACUUUAACUAGUCCCAUGGCAUUGACUCUGAUAGGUUCAACUGCUUGUUCUACCGUUGCAGAAGAUAUGGAAAGUCCCUGGAUUAAUUUAGUUCUAAGGGGAUCAUAGAGAAUCAUCAGUUGACAGGCAAUUUGAAAGCUUUUCUAGGUACAUUUAUCACGAAGCGAGGAUCCAAGUGGAAGACAUGUAUAGUAGAAAGUUGCUUGACUCCUCUAAGUGAGGGACCCUUAAGCGGUCGUAUCUAUAUACCGUACGAAGUGGGCAGUCAUCUCGUAGUAAGCGGUAUCGUACGGCAGUAGAUGGGCAGCGCCACAUGUGGCGUUGCGACAACAUUGAAUCCACUAGGUACAUAGUCAAAGAA